GUUUGCAGAUCAUGUGAUUCGUUCGCCACAGAAAAAACCACAAUACGUUUCCGAGGUCGAAUAGUCACGGAAAAUGGAAACGGAUUUGGUCGUCUUCUGAUGAAUGGAUUCAACAAAAACCUACUGGUUGGAUCAAUUGAGGGCAAAUCGGAAGAAUAUGGCGAACGUUACUGUGACUGAGAACGGAGAGAGUGGGCAGAACGAGAGUUUGGGACCGAUAAUCGAGGGGACACAGCUGUCAUAUCUUGAACACAGUGCAACAAGGAUACCAGACGAGCUGGGCCAAUGGUACGGCAAGCAAGUCACCAGACUAGACCUCAGUUUCAAUCACAUCAGGUCGUUAGAAGGUCUGGAGAGGUUUAUCAAGUUAGAGGAGCUAGUAUUGGAUCAGAAUGAGCUGAACGACUCGAUCAACAUCCCGCCCAUACCAACGCUACAGACACUAGUACUCAACAAAAACAGGAUCAAAGAUCUAGAGCGUCUUACAGACCAGUUGAAGCAGCAGUGUCCAAAUCUGACCUACUUGAGUCUCCUCGGGAACGAGGCUUGCCCCAACGAGCUGUCGAGUACAGACAAAGAUGAAGAUGACUACCAGAGAUAUAGAUACUACGUGGUGCACAAGUUGCCAGGGUUACGCUUCCUAGAUUCCAGGCAGGUGACCCAGAAAGAGAGGAAGGAAGCAGACAGGGUCGGGUCCUACAUGAGGGUCGUCCGAGUCAACUCAGAUCAGGAUCUGAACAAAUCACCAGAUUCACCAGACAGCAGUCAUCAUUCAUAUGGCCCCUUGCCGGACACCAUAAGACCUAGUGAUAACCAUCAAGGGACGUUUGGGAAGUGUCGCUAUGUAUACUACGGGAGACACUCGGAGGGCAACCGGUUUAUUCGCAACAAUGAUCUCUGAGAUUGAAGUCAUGAGGGACGUUUGUUUACUCUUGUCUUGGACAGAUAGAUGGGCCAAUCUUUUACUUAUCAGACUAAAUUUUUGUUUUACAAUGUAUUUCAUUAAAUAUUUCUUUCUGUUGCCCUAUAUUGUAGUGAUAUAUUACUUUUUGCAUCCAGAAUGGGCCAAAAAAAUACCAUCACUUUUUUUUGUGUGAGCAGAAUUUUGAACCCAGAAGUGCCCAAAUGUUUCAGAGGAGCGCCCUUCUGCAUCAUUUUAGCUCAGAGCGUCUUCUCUGCAUGUAUCUUUCCUUGUAUUUGUUAUCUUUUCUUUUCUAACUUUACAUUAUGAAUCUUUAUUUGCCCUGAUAUUAUAACGGACCUUUCAGUCUUGGGCCCUUUAGCACAGAACUCCAUGACUUAUUCCUUUUUGCCAGUAUCGUUGGGUCUUGUGGUUUUUCCCUCAGAGAAUCAGUUUUGGAAGUGCGCCCUCUUGCAGAGUAAUUUAACCACAAAUGGCAAACCUACAUGGAAAUAAGAGGAAAUGCACAUCUAUUCAUACCCCGUAAUGAGGUAACAGCGCCCUCAAUUGUUCAAAAAUAUGUAAGGCUUUGUCUGAAUUACUUGGCUACGGCU